AUGGCGAGCAAAACACUUUAUACUGACGCUGAGGUCUAUGACUUCGUCCUCGUCGGAGCCGGAUCAGCUUCUUGCUUAAUCGCGUCACGUCUCUCACAACAGCUGCUUGACCACCGGAUUCUUGUUCUGGAGGCUGGAGAACACAUUCGAAAUGACCCUAAAGUACAGAUACCCGGUCUAGCCACGAGGCUACUGUCGGAUCCCGCUUACGAUUGGCGAUAUUCUUCUGUGCCGGAGCCGGGGUUGAACAACAGGAAGAUUGGCCAUCCCAGGGGAAAGCUAGUGGGUGGCAGCAGUGCAAUUAAUAGUCAUAGUGUGGUGUUUCCUAAUCACGAAUGGCAUGACCGUGUGGCGGAGGGGCUUCUAUCAGAUGCGGGGAGAAAAGAGUGGAGCUCAGGGGGCAUGAGCGAUUGCUACAGAAGAUGGCAGGCAGAACAGUCCAGUCCAACAGUAGAUGACGAUGGGGUGUCUCUAGAUCGUGUGCGGACAUCAUACCCGCGUAAAUGGGACCUGCUUCAAACUCGGUGGGUGGAGGCUUUUGAGGAGCUUGGUUGUCCGACGAGGACCACAGGGUUUUCCGAGAGCUCUGCUGGAGCUGUCAAUGUCAGAAAUGCGAUCGAUUCUUCAAAAGGCGAACGAAGCCAUGCAGGUACAGCGUAUCUAGAACCCGCCUUGAAACGUGGCAAUGUUACGUUGAAGAAUGGAGUAAAGGUCGAUAAGAUUGCAUUUGAUGAUGCAUUGACCGCUGAUGGAAAGUUCAAUGCCAGAGGUGUCCACUACACAUACAAGGAGGAAGAGCAUUUCGUCAGUGGCCGAGAAAUCAUCCUCGGCGCAGGCGUAUUUGAGUCACCUCUAAUUCUGGAACGAUCAGGUAUCGGAUCCAAGAAGAUUCUUGCAAGCACCAACACCCCAGUCUUGUACGAGCUUCCAGGGGUCGGAGAAAACUUGCAAGAUCAUCUGAACUGCAGCUUGUCAUGCGAAACUCAAGACGAUAUUCCUACUCGUGACGAAAUAAUGCGAAACCCCGAAUUGCAAAAGGCGGCAUUGGUGGAGUACGAGAAAAGCCACGCUGGUCGAGUGUCUGAAGGAGCCGCAUAUAGUUUUGCCUUCACACCAUUACAGAUGCUGGAAACCCCAUCGGAGACACAGGAGCUUACCGAGAUAGUGGAACAUUGGGUGAAACAAGAAAGCAAUCCGAGCCUGAAGACCCAGUAUUCUAUUAUCCAGAAGACGGUGGAAAGUCCCAGGGAAGCAACAGCCACCUCAUUCAUGUUGCGUACACAACGUCACAAAGACGCUGAUUCACUCCCCAAGGGCACGCCAUCUGUUGUAGAUGGCAACUAUAUAACCGUUGUCGCAAUGCUGGCCCAUCCCUUUUCACGUGGAAGCUGUCAUAUCUCGCCUCGUUCUUCAGAUCAGCCCGAGAUAAAAUUCAACUACCUUUCCCACCCCCUCGAUACAGAGAUACUGGCUCGCCACUUGCGUCUCAUCGAAAGGCUCUUCCAGAAGCCAACCUUUGCUGCUAUGACAAAGCCGGACGGAAGACGAUUGCCUCGAAGCUUCCCCCAUCCAGUUACAUCACUCGAAGACGCCAAAGGAAUCCUCCCAAUCAACUCCGCGACGAACUACCAUCCAUGCGGUACUUGUUCCAUGAUGAGAGAAGACCUAGGUGGCGUGGUUGACGAGCGGCUGACUGUAUACGGGACGAAGAAUGUGAGGAUUUGCGAUGCAAGUGUCUUGCCAAUCAUCCCACGGGGGAAUAUCCUGACCGCUGUCUACGCUUUCGCCGAAAAGGCAGCCGAGAUAAUUGUCAGGGAGACAAAAUCUGAUAUUCUUUCACGCCAGAGCAUAUGA